AUGGCACAGACUGCCCAGAGCUUCUCCAAGUUAGGCCGUCUCACAGCCACUGAAUCAAAUUGGGACAUAAUUACCAUUGGCUCCGGUCACAAUGGACUUUUAGCUGCCGCCUACAUGGCAGUCGCCGGCCAAAAGGUCCUCGUUCUCGAGCGCGCAAGCUAUCCUGGUGGCGGUGUUGCCAGCCUUCACAUGGCCGAGGAGGGCUAUGUCAGUGAGCGUCACAGUGCCAUCCACCAGAUGAUUCUGGGCAAUCCACUCAUCGCAAAGGACGAGCUUGGUCUCUUAUCCAAGUAUGGCCUCAAAUACUUGCCCCUCGAUCCGUGCUAUGCAAUCAUCAUGCAGGACAAAGUGCUUCCGUUGUAUCAGGAUCGUGCCCGGUCAAAAGCGUCCAUCGCGAGAUUUUCAAAAGAGGACGCGCAAACUUACGAUCGAUUCAUGGACAUAGCCGUUCGCAUCGCUGAUGCGCUUCUGCCGAGCAUGUUCGAGCCACCUACUGAUACUGUGCUCCAAGACUGCCAAGACAAGGAGGUCCUUGCUGAGAUUGGAUUCGCCUCCGAGGCCUGUUCCAUAGAUGUCAUCGACAAGUGGUUCACCCACAAGUCGCUGAGGGUCGCCCUUCUUCGGUUUGUAACCGAGAUCCAACUAGCACAUCCUAAGACCAAAGGCACAGGGCUGAUGGGCUAUCUUGCUUUCGGCCUGAUGGAGAAGUACGGUCUCGCAGUCCCUGAGGGUGGCGGCACAGCCUUUACUCAAUCUGUCAUCCGCUGCAUUGAGGCCCAUGGUGGAGAAGUCCGUCUCAACACCGAAGUCACCAAAGUCGUUAGUGAGGACGGCCGCGCUGUAGGUGUCUGCACUCGAGCUGGAGAGAUAAAGGCGAAGAGGGCAGUUAUUGGCAUGAUUCACCCUCACUUGCUUGGCCAGCUUGUCGAUGGAAUCGAUCCCGCCAUUACUGCUGCUGCCAAAGCAACUCGGUCUUCGGAGUUCACCCUGUUCGUUAUCCAUGCAGCUCUUGAUCGCCCUCUACGUUUCAAAGCGGGAGAAGAGGCCAACGGUACAGUCAUGAACACAGUCUGUCCCGGUAACAUGGAGGAUCUCAUAAAGAGCUACGACGAUAUGGCUGAAGGAAAGAUCCCUGAAAAGUUCAUGAUUGGCCUCUCGUGUACAAGCGAACGUGAUUCUACGCGUGCUCCUCCCGGGAAGUCUCUGCUGCACUGCGUGGUUAUGCUCAAAUCCGAGAUCGCCGGCGUUGGGUGGAAUAAUUGGGACUCUAUCAAAGAUGAUCUUUGCCACAGAGUCUUCGCGUAUGCUUCUGAGUAUCUCGAGGAUUUCACUCCUGACAUGAUCCGCUCCUAUGAGGUUGUCACUCCUCCAGACCACGUUUCUGAUACACCUAGUUUCCAGAGGGGUGAUAUUUGUGGUAUUUCUAUGGCUGCGGAUCAAAUGGGUGUCAACCGUCCCACGCCUGCUCUUGCACAAUAUCGUGUUCCUGGUGUGAGAGGUCUCUAUCUCGCUGGUCCUUUUAUGCACCCUGGUGGAGGUGUUUGGGGUGGUGGCCGACCUGUUGCUAUCAGAAUGAUGCAGGAUUUUGGGAUUGACUUUGAUAAAGUUAUCAAUGCCGGAUUGUCCUCACACCUCUGA